AUGACUUACAACAUCCAAACAAGUUUUGAGAUUGAGGGUUACUUUUCCAUCAAGGCAACUCCUCUAGGAGAUAAUCUAUGUUUGUUAGAAGAAAGUGAACAUGGUGAAAUAAGAGAUUUAAUAAGAGAAGCAGAAUCUUGGUGGAGACAAUGGUUCUCGGUGAUUAGAGAAUGGAAAGAGGAGGAUUUGGAUAAAGAAAGAGUUACAUGGCUGAGAUGUUAUCGCAUCCCUUUCCAUGCUUGGAACUUUUAUUUUUUUGAACUAUUAGCUAAGACACAUAGAAAUUAUGUUUGUGUAUAUGAUAACACUUUGAAGGAAUAUUGUAUGGAUGUUUCUAUAAUUAUGGUUAUGACAAACUGUGCAGUGGUGCUCAAUGAAACAUUUAAAGUUCAGAUCAAUGAUGAAAUUUUUAGCAUCAAGAUGAUAGAAGAUUCUCAUGAUCUCUUACGUCUGAUCACUAAUUGA